AUCAGCUACCAAGGGAGACAACUGUUGGCGUCCAUGGAGAAAGAGCUCUGGGAGAUGGACCUUUACAUCAUCAGACGCAGCAAACAUAACUUUGGGGAUACCAAGGUGGCCAACACGCCCGAACAGCCCUGCCUGCCUCACCCUGACAGUCCACGAACUCCUGGACAGGAAAUGCUCGCUGUCACCCUCGGUACCAAAGGAGACAUCACUUGUAACCUUGAUGUCAAAGUCCAGAAACAGCCAGCUGAGACUUUGGCUGGACCACUGAAAACAGUCCAUUCUAUCAAGGUGGAUUCCAAAAUGAAGAAUAGCCUUCUCCAGACACCACAGACAGAUCUCCGUACACAGCUUGAGGAGAGAGACAGAUUUGGUUUUGAGUUUUCCCAGUUUAAGAAGAUUUUGGUGGAGAUACGUGAAAAACGAAUUUCAUUCAACAAGCAGAUAAAGAUAUUGCAGACUGACAUUGCAGCCCUACCUAAGGUGAGACAAGACACCAGGCUGAACAGUAUCAAGACAAAAGUGACCGCAUACCGGAACCAGUCUAAACGCCUCAGCUAUGAAGGGAGACAACUGCUGGAGUCCAUGCAGAAUAAUCUUUGGGACAUGGAUCUACACAUUAUUCGAGAAAGUGGCCACUGCAACAAUGAUGCCAAGAAACAGGUUCCGCCUUCGAAGAACUGCCUACCACAUCAAGUCGCUACCUCUGACACAUCUGUUGUAGACAAGACAUGGAGGCCCAACGUUUCCAAAGCUGCAAAUGAUGAAGGUGUCAAUAGAGGAAUGAAGUCUUCCACAACAUCUGCAAGAUCUGUCAGACCAACAAGGAAAAGAAAUGCCACCAUUGCAAGCCCAACUUCAUGCUCCAGUACAGUGCUGAAGAAGCCUCUGUUAGCUCCAAGCCUGGCGAAACGGGUGAAGAAAAAGAAGGGUAUGACAACUGUCACCAAUACAAGCUUUACUUCAUCCUCCAGAGACAAGCCUACAACUUCUGGAAACCAGGUACCGGACAGGCCAACAGAGAAAGAGGUCAUGAUGGUGGAAACUAAAGCAAGCCACAAGACUUCUCGUGACACCCUGAAGAAGUCUGAUCCUUCAGCUUCUGCCAUCCAUAUCCAUUUGACACAGAAGGUCAAUCCUACUGCACUCAAUGCAAGCCAUGUUUCUUCUCAAGGCACCUUUAGGAAGUCAGACCACACAACGCCUGCAAUCAAAGUGAAGCUGACAAAGGAAAAGCCCAUGACUGCUGCCACCAAUGCAAGCAACAGUUCCUGCUCUGGUGAUGACCUGAAGAGGAAGUCCGAUUCUGCUGCCAUUCAGACGAUGCCCUGUAAAGCCGCCACACUGAGACCUGUCACAGCAGGAACCGGAGAUUCCAGGAAGAUGAGCUUGCAGGAGGCACGGACCGUUCUUCAGAUCCUUCAGAUGCAGCAUGACCUUUUGGUGACCUCUAUGGGUGGUAUCCGGUUAGAACUGGACCUGGGGCAGCAGGAAGACUGCAUCUGGCGGAGUACGAUGGAUGAGCUGGACACAGAGUUGCACCAGACGAAGCGAAGCCCCAACAACCAUCGGGUGGCAUCACUGCGGGCAAAGGCCACUUACCUGAGAGUGCAGAUGUCAACUCUGUCACUCCGGGGGAACGUCUACCUCACCAACAUGGAGCGGGUCAUUGCCCACCUGACAUGUGUUAUUAGGGGGGUCAGAAGCAAGAUAAUGGCUGCCUCUUAUCUUAACACCUGAGUCACGAUCUCAAGCAGAUGUUGUGUACAUGUGUACAAACUUUCAAGUGUAAACAUUGUAGUCUUAGGCUUAAAAAAAUUAAAGAAUAGGUUCUCAAGCAAUGGCUUUUGAAAAUAUAGUGCGACUGUUUUUUGGGGGGUUGUUCAAGCUAGUAUGUAACCAAAUUUUGUUUACAAUAAUUUCAGCAAAAUCCUGUUGUUCUUCUUAAUUAUUGUAGCAUUUCACGUGUGUUGGAAAAGCGAAAUAUUUUAAGAUUUCUUUUUUGAAAAUGGAAAUAAAACCGAAACGUACGGUGGACUUUAUGAUGAUGCGGGCGGUGCCUGAGAACCAAGACUAUUUUUGUUUUUGUCUUACAAUGUAUGCCAUAAAUACAGAUCAAGGAUUCUUGAUAUUCCAUUUCAUAUUUUUUGUUGUUGGUUUCUGUGUGUAAACAUAUAUCAGUGUCUCAUUGUUUGUAAGGGUCAUUGUAAAUUAUGUAAUAUAUUUGUAUAUUAGUUUUGUUGAUUAUGAUAAUAAAUG